AUGGACGCCAAGAUUCAUCCCGCUAUGGCAGUCACGAACAUCAAAAACAUGAUUUCUUUCACUCUUGAAGAUGAAUCCUCGCACUACUCUACCUGGAAAGCCCUCUUUGAGGUGCUCUGUCGUGCCUAUCAGGUUUAUGAACAUCUGCAGCCCCGCCCCGUCGAUACUGCUCCUUCUGGCUCGUCGUCCGCUGCUGACAAAGCUGCCAAGGCUGAGGCCGAUGCUCUAUGGGCACGCCUUAACGCCUUGGUUUUACAGUGGAUUUACGGUUCCAUAUCCACACCUCUUCUUCAUAUUAUUCUGGUUCCGGGUCAGACCGCUCAUGAAGCAUGGCUCGCUAUCGCCAAUCACUUCAAUGACAACAAAAGUGCGCGUCAGAUCCAUCUUCAACAACAAUUCUCUAAUAUACAUCUUGAAGCUUUUCCGAAUAUGGCCGCGUAUUGCCAACAGGUCAAGAAUCUCGCUGAUCAAUUAAAGAAUGUUGGGGCACCAGUUGACAAUUAA